CCCGCACAGCUGGGACGUGGGCCGCGGGCCGGAGGGCGGGCGGGCGCAGUCCGGACCCGGCCGGGGACGCGCCGGGGCCUGCGCGGUGGUCGGGGCGUCCGAGCGUCCACGCGCGCCGUGGCCAUGGCCGUGCGCCCCGCGCGCUCCUGCCUGCUGGCGCUGCUGCUGUGCUACGGCUGGGGGUCGCUGGUCGCGGUGGCCCAGAGGCCGGGCGCCGGGUGCCCGAGCCGCUGCCUCUGCUUCCGAAGCACAGUGCGCUGCAUGCAUCUGCUCCUGGAGGCCGUGCCCGCCGUGGCGCCGCAGACCUCCAUUCUGGACCUUCGCUUUAACAGGAUCCGGGAGAUCCAGCCUGGAGCGUUCCGGAAGCUGAGAAACCUGAAUACACUGCUGCUCAACAACAAUCAGAUCAGGAGUAUCCCCAGCGGAGCGUUUGAGGACUUGGAGAACUUGAAAUAUCUCUAUCUGUACAAGAAUGAGAUCCAGGCGAUUGACAGGCAAGCCUUUCAGGGACUUUCCUCCCUAGAGCAACUGUACCUGCACUUCAACCAGAUAGAGACCCUGGACCCGGAGUCCUUCCGUCAUUUGCCGAAGCUGGAGAGGCUGUUUCUGCAUAACAACCGCAUCACGCACUUGGUCCCAGGGACGUUCAAUCACUUGGAGUCCAUGAAAAGACUGCGCCUGGACUCGAACGCACUGCACUGUGACUGCGAGACCCUCUGGCUGGCGGACCUGCUGCAGACCUACGCCCGCUCCGGGAACGCGCAGGCCGCCGCCACCUGCGAGCACCCACGCCGCCUGCAGGGCCGGUCAGUGGCCACCAUCACCCCCGAGGAGCUGGACUGUGAAAGGCCCCGGAUCACGUCCGAGCCCCAGGACGCCGAUGUCACCUCGGGGAACACCGUGUUCUUCACCUGCAGAGCCGAGGGCAACCCCAAACCCGAGAUCAUCUGGCUGCGGAACAACAACGAGCUGAGCAUGGAGACGGAUUCCCGCCUGAACCUGCUGGACGACGGGACCCUGAUGAUCCGGAACACGCAGGAGACGGACCAGGGCGUGUACCAGUGCAUGGCCAAGAACGCCGCCGGGGAGGUGAAGACGCAAGAGGUGACCCUCCGGUACUUCGGGUCUCCAGCGCGGCCGGCCUUCGUGAUCCAGCCGCAGAACACGGAGGUGCUGGUCGGGGAGAGCGUGACGCUGGAGUGCAGCGCCACGGGCCACCCGCUGCCCCGCAUCACCUGGACCAGGGGCGACCGCACGGCCCUGCCCGUGGACCCCCGUGUGAGCAUCACGCCCUCGGGCGGCCUGUACAUCCAGAACGUGGCACAAGAGGACGGCGGGGAGUACACCUGCUUCGCCUCCAACGGCCUGGACAGCAUCCACGCCACGGCCCGCAUCAUCGUCCAGGCUCUCCCGCAGUUCACGGUGACCCCUCAGGACAGAGCUGUGAUCGAGGGCCAGACCGUUGAUUUCCAGUGCGAGGCAAAGGGCUACCCACAGCCUGUCAUCGCGUGGACCAAAGGAGGGAGCCAGCUGUCCGUGGACCGGCGGCACCUGGUCCUGUCCUCGGGCACGCUCAGGAUCGCCAGUGUCGCCCUCCACGACCAGGGCCAGUACGAGUGCCAGGCCGUCAACAUCAUCGGCUCCCAGAGGGUCGUGGCGCACCUGACGGUCCAGCCCCGAGUCACGCCGGUGUUCAGCAGCGUCCCCAGCGACCAGACGGUGGAGGUGGGCACCAGCGUGCAGCUGCCCUGCAGCUCCCAGGGGGAGCCAGAGCCAGCCAUCACCUGGAACAAGGAUGGGGUGCAGGUGACAGAAAGUGGGAAAUUCCACAUUAGCCCCGAGGGAUUCCUGACCAUUCACGAUGUGGGGACCGCCGAUGCCGGCCGCUAUGAGUGUGUGGCCCGGAACACCAUCGGGCAGGCCUCGGUCAGCAUGGUGCUCAGUGUGAGCGUUCCUGACGUCAGUCGGAAUGGGGACCCGUUUGUGGCCACAUCCAUCGUGGAAGCCAUUGCGACUGUCGACCGGGCCAUAAACUCUACUCGGACGCACUUGUUUGACAGCCGACCUCGCACCCCCAACGACCUGCUGGCCCUGUUCCGAUACCCGAGGGACCCCUACACCGUGGAGCAGGCGCGCGCUGGCGAGAUAUUCGAGCGGACGCUACAGCUGAUCCAGGAGCACGUGCGACACGGCCUCAUGGUGGACCUCAACGGCACGGGUUACCACUACAACGACCUGGUGUCUCCGCAGUACCUGAGCCUCAUUGCCAACCUGUCGGGCUGCACGGCGCACCGGCGCGUGAACAACUGCUCCGACAUGUGCUUCCACCAGAAGUACCGCACGCACGACGGCACCUGCAACAACCUGCAGCACCCCAUGUGGGGCGCCUCACUGACCGCCUUCGAGCGCCUGCUGAAGGCCGUGUAUGAGAACGGCUUCAACACCCCUCGGGGCGUGAACCCGAGCCGGCUGUACCACGGGCACGCGCUCCCCAUGCCGCGCCUGGUGUCCACCACCCUGAUCGGGACGGAGGCCAUCACGCCCGAUGCGAAGUUCACCCACAUGCUCAUGCAGUGGGGGCAGUUCCUGGACCACGACCUGGACUCCACGGUGGUGGCCCUGAGCCAGGCCCGCUUCUCUGAUGGGCAGCACUGCAGCUCGGUGUGCAGCAACGACCCCCCCUGCUUCUCGCUCGCCAUCCCGCCCAAAGACCCACGCGUCAGGAAUGGCGCGCGAUGCAUGUUCUUCGUGCGCUCCAGCCCGGUGUGCGGCAGCGGCAUGACCUCCCUGCUCAUGAAUUCCGUGUACCCGCGGGAGCAGAUCAACCAGCUCACCUCCUACAUCGACGCCUCCAACGUGUACGGGAGCUCAGAGCAUGAGGCGCGAGCAGUGCGCGACCUGGCCAGCCAGCGCGGUCUGCUGCGACAGGGUAUUGCUCAGCGCUCCGGGAAGCCACUGCUGCCCUUCGCCAGCGGGCCGCCCACCGAGUGCAUGCGGGACGAGAGCGAGAGCCCCAUCCCGUGCUUCCUGGCUGGCGACCACCGCGCCAACGAGCAGCUGGGCCUCACCAGUAUGCACACGCUGUGGUUCCGUGAGCACAACCGAGUGGCGGCCGAGCUGCUGGCACUGAACCCGCACUGGGACGGUGACACCCUGUACCACGAGGCCCGGAAGAUCGUGGGCGCGCAGAUGCAGCACAUCACCUACCAACACUGGCUCCCCAAGGUGCUGGGUGAGGUGGGCAUGAAGAUGCUGGGCGAGUACCACGGCUACGACCCAGGAGUCAACGCGGGCAUCUUCAACGCUUUCGCCACUGCCGCCUUCCGCUUCGGCCACACGCUGAUCAACCCGGUGCUGCACCGGCUGGACGAGAACUUCCAGCCCGUUGCACAGGGCCACGUGCCGCUGCACAAAGCCUUCUUCUCCCCGUUCCGCAUCGUGAAUGAGGGCGGCAUUGACCCACUGCUCCGGGGCCUGUUUGGAGUGCCCGGCAAGAUGCGCAUGCCCUCGCAGCUGCUCAACACCGAGCUCACCGAGCGCCUCUUCUCCAUGGCACACACGGUGGCCCUGGACCUGGCGGCCAUCAACAUCCAGCGCGGGCGCGACCACGGCAUACCGCCCUACCACGACUACCGUGUCUACUGCAACCUGUCGUCCGCCCACACCUUCGAGGAUCUGAAAAAUGAGAUAAAAAACCCUGAGAUCCGGGAGAAGCUCAGACGGCUGUACGGGUCCCCCCUCAACAUCGACCUGUUCCCGGCCCUCAUGGUGGAGGACCUGGUGCCGGGCAGCCGCCUGGGCCCCACGCUGCUGUGCCUGCUGAGCACCCAGUUCAAGCGCCUUCGUGAUGGGGACAGGCUCUGGUACGAAAACCCCGGGGUGUUCUCGCCGGCCCAGCUGACGCAGAUCAAGCAGACAUCCCUGGCCAGGGUGCUGUGCGACAAUGCGGACAACAUCACUCGCGUGCAAAGGGACGUGUUCCGGGUGGCGGAGCUCCCCCACGGCUACGGCAGCUGCGAGGACAUCCCCAGGGUGGACCUGCGGGUGUGGCAGGACUGCUGCGAAGACUGCAGGACCAGGGGCCAGUUCCACGCGUUCUCAUAUCAUUUCCGAGGCCGGCGGUCCCUGGAAUUCAGCUACCGGGAGGACGAGCCCACCACAGAGGCCGGGCCUGGGAAGACGCUGAGCAUCGAGGAACACGGCGAGCGUCCCAGGAACGCCACCCCCACCUCCUCUGAGCACCCACAGGGGCUGGGGACAAACGACUUCAGGGACUUCGUCCUGGAGAUGCAGAAGACCAUCAGCGACCUCAGGGAACAGAUAAAGAAACUUGAGUCUCGGCUCAGCACAGCCGCGUGUACCGAUGCGGACGGCGAGCCCCACGAGGACGGCGCCGGGUGGAGACGAGACGCCUGCACCCUCUGCGAAUGCCGACAUGGGCAGGUCACCUGCUUCGUGGAAGCCUGCCAGCCCGCCGACUGCCCUGCGCCCGUGAGAGUGGACGGAGCUUGUUGUCCGUCCUGCCCGAAGGACUCCCUGGGAACUCGGCCUUAGACCCCUGGUGCUUCGGGGAGCUCCUCUGUGUGUGCCCUGACCUCACCGGCCAGUGCAGGGUGUGCAGGCAGGAGUGCACCGAGGACUCGGGGGGCUUCAGACACAGCGUGGGGAGCUCAGAGCAGAGACCGCGCGGCGGGAGCAGACACGAGUCCUGACUUCACGUUAGAUUCUCAGGUUUUUAUUUAAUUUUUUUAAUGAAAAGUCGGUGCUACUAUUAAAUUGCACAGUUAAGUCAUUUAAGCCCCUGCAAAUAUUCCCUGAUGCCACCAGGCCUCUCGACGACAGCCGCCCCACCGGGUCCUGACCCGGAGCUUGCGGAUGGGAGGUGCUCCGUGUUGGCCGAGAGGCUCCGUCUUUGGCCAGUGGACAGUCUCUCACAAGCAUGUCUGGGUGGCACGGGCUCUGGCGCCCCGGUAACCCUGAUGCCUGCCCUCUGGUCACUCAGAGCAGAUUCCCCGGCAUGUGCACACCCCUGUGGCUUCUCUGCCCCCUUCACACGGGACUCAGGUCAUCAGGCCCCAUUUAGAGGUAGGCUGGUGCUCUCUGUCCCUGCUGGGAGCCAGACAGGAGACCUCCCCCCGCAGUGGCGGCGCUCCGCUCUCACCGCAGGCUGCGCCCGGCCCGCGCACCGUGGUUUUUUGUUCGGGAGUGCGAGCGUAGGGGCCUCUGACCUCAGGUUGCGUGAGUGCCUCAGAGAAGCAGGUCCCUUUACCUCAUCCACACGCUCAGUGCCGGACGCUCCGUGAAAGCUCGCCUGGGGUUUCAGCGUCAGUUCGGGCCGGAAAAUCGCCCUCCCCUCUGCAGAAUGUCUCCCGGAAUUCAGUGAGAAGCAGCUGUCAUACCUCAGGUCGCACUCUCUCUACUGGACCAGAAACCUCCUGUUUCGCUGUAAAAAGUCAAACCUCAGUUCUCCGACGUCUUCCAUCCCGAACAAUUUGAUUCUCAGCCAAGCCGUUCUGGGAACAUUAAUCCCGGUUAUCGGACAGAAUUUCAGUUCCCGACCCAGGAGCCCUUCCGUGCUGAUAGCUGUAUAGUUUGGUUUUGGGCAAAUCGCUGCUUGGACAGCCCUCUGAGAUGAGCGACGUUGGGGAGCCGAGCGGUCUGUCCCUGGGCUUGGGCGUUCGGCCUCACAGACACUUUCUGGGGCGCCCACUGCGUGCCCAGCACUGUGGGGACACGGACCAGAGACCCGCCUGCCUUCCCACGAGGAGACCCAUGGGGCUCUGGCACUCAGCACACGGCUGGGCACGCUCACGGUGCGUGUCGCUGUGCAGGACUCCGUGUCCGGCAGGCGGUGGGCAGUGCUGACUCCCCCCGGGCACAGGUGCAGUGGACUUAAACUCGGUCGGCCUGACUUGGCCUCAUGUCGCAGGCCGGAGCCGGCGCCGUUUCCCGGGACGUAUGGGACUUCGUCUGCAGCACGGAGUCAAACCGAGUCAUCUGACCUCGGAACUGGUGCCUGUGAACCAGGAAGUGGAGGCCUGGGUUGGGACGUGGGACAGUGCUAUGAGGUGGCCGCAGGCCCCAGUUCCACACGCUGGCCAGAGUCGGGGGCUUGGGAGGCUUACCAGUGGUCUCGAGGCCAGGGCAGCACUCGCGUGGUGAGUCUUGGGGCUCGGGCGGGUGCCCAUGGUGCUCUGUGCCCUGAGGGGCCCAGCCGCAGGCAGGGGGGCUGGGGGUCGAGGGUGAGCGCACGUGCGGCGUGGGCACCGUGGGCAGGGCGCCGUGAUGGGAAGCCAAGUGCACCUGUUAUUUACUUUCCUGACUGUUGCCGACAGUUCUGUGCUCUUUGUAAUCAGUGCGUUACCAAAGAAACGUUUGCACUAUGUAACGAUGCCUUUCAGUUCCAAUAAACGGGCCACACUUUCCCGUGGA